AUGGAUUCACCAAAUUCUCCGAAUCCAUACGACAAUAUGAGUCUAAAGGAUAUCAUAAUUGCAGAGUGUACUGACGAUCAUGAUGAUCAAUAUUUCAAAGCGCUCAUAGAAGGGGGUAGCUCAACAAGACAAGGAAGAAAGAGAGCCUACAUUGAUAGAGGUAAUAUAGAAAGACACCAACGUUUGUUCGAUGACUACUUUUCUGAUGAACCGGUGUAUACAGAAUAUCAAUUUCGAAGAAGAUUUAGAAUGUGUAGACACAUAUUCCUACACAUAGUGCAAGCUCUAGAAAAUCAUUCGAAGUAUUUCCAUAUGGGGUUCGAUGCAGUCGGUAGAAGGGGCUUUUGCCAUUACGUUGCUAUGCAAAUGUUGGCAUAUGGAGCGCCUACCGAUUAUGUUGAUGAGUAUGUUCGAAUUGGUGAAACCACCGCUAUUGAAUGUCUAGUCAAUUUCGUUCGGGGAGUGAAUUAUAUUUUUGGGACCGAAUAUUUAAGACGGCCCAAUGCUGGGGACAUUCGUCGCUUACUUCAAAUGGGAGAGGUGCGUAGUUUUCCAAGCAUGUUGGGAAGCAUUGAUUGUAUGCAUUGGGAAUUGAAAAUUUUCCCAGUUGCAGGGAAGGCCAAUUCACGCGAGGUGAUCACGGCAGACCAACAAUCAUGCUCGAAGCAGUUGCGUGACAAAAUCUUUGGAUAUGACAUGCAUUUUUUGGUGUUCCAGGAUCCAAUAAUGAUCUCAACGUGUUAA